AUGUGCAAGGCUCUUUCCCUGGAAAUUAAAACCAAUCCUAAAGUGACGGCUGUCGUUGGUGAGCAAGCCCUGCUGAAAUGCUCCUUCAAAUCCAGCUCCCCCAUCACUGAGAGCCUCGUGGUGUACUGGACAUACCGACCCCUCGCUGGGGGCCCGAUGGAGACAGUUUUCCAUUACCAGUCCGUUCCAUACCCAACAACAGUGGGAAAGUUCAAGGACAGGAUAUCCUGGGUCGGGAAUGUUGCCAGCGGUGACGCUUCCAUCGCUCUCCGGAGCCCCGAGCUGAGUGACAAUGGGACGUUCUUCUGCAGUGUGAAGAAUCCUCCAGACGUGUACCACAACAUCCCCCAGACUGUGCUGGAGGUUACAGAGAGGGGCCUCUCCUUCCGAUUGACCUCAGCAGCCCUGCUCUCCUUGUCCGUGUUUCUCCCUUCCACCAUCGUGGUCGUUCUGCUGCUGGUGAGGAUGGGAAGGAAAUUCAGAGUGCUGAAGGAGAAAAAGAAAGGUGGCUACAAGAAGUCUUCCAUCGAGGUGUCUGAUGAGCCUGAGCAGACAGAGAGCACGGGCUGCUCCGGGAAACUCAGGGCGUGGUGUCUGAACUGUGUGGACACGGAUGAGGAAGAUCUAUACUGAUGAAAGGCUGAAUCUGUGGAGAGAGAACAAAAUGGCAGCACUGAAAAUCAGGGCCAGGCACUUCCGAAGGCUGCUGGAUAACCAGUGCAGGUGGAAGGAUGUGCUCUGCUCUUGGUGGAUUGGAAGAAUGAUGCUGCUGGGAUAAUUCACUUCUAUGUAAUGAUGAUUUUUAAAAAAUCCUUCUAAUUUAUUGGGGAAAAAGGAAAUCUCUUCAGUUCACUUGUGCAGUGCCUACAGAAGCCUCAGUGCCUGCAGCUGCACAGGCUGUGUCCUCCCAGCCCUCUGCCAUCGUGUCUUGGUUCACUUGCAAAUUUUUUGACUUUUUGGUGACAUCCCUCCUCUCCUGAGCCUUUGAAACGGAAUUUCCUGAAGGACAGGCUGCUCCAGAGUUCUCUAGGCUGCUCAUCUUUGGGGACUGGUGACGUUUAUUCUCAGUUUUUUUGGAAUGUAUUUGCUGAUGCUCAAACCUGUUUGAUGAAGGGUUAUCUGCCAUCCUGGGAGCGAAGAGAACCUACUGCUUUUUGACUAUUUCUUGGUUUAAUCAGCUGCAUCACUGGCUACAUCUCCUUCUCCUUGUAGAGGUGAAGCACAAUUCAUAGAAAACAAACCUUUUUUUUUUAAUCAGAAGUGCAAAUGGGGACUCUGUAUCUGGGGACACACAACCCCAUCUACCUCAACCAUGGACUCGAGCACUGCCCAAACCAUUGUUCUGUUUGCAGUAGUUGUUUUCUUCCUCUCCUGGGUACCAUUUUAGGGAAAUGGCCAAUCAUGCAGCAUUGCUUCCCCUGAAGGAAGAGCAUUUCCUCUUUCACCAACCUUGUCCCUUAAUGAAUGACAAAGAGCAGUGGAAUCCGUGUCUGCUGAAUCCCUAAAG